GUCCCUUAGGAGUAAUCAGCUGACGGGUUCCAUCCCUGUGGAAAUUGGAUCAGUACCAUCUCUCUCAUCGCUCUCUCUCGAUGCCAACAUGUUGUCAGGAUCUCUGCCCUCCUCGAUCACAAAGCUCACUGCUCUUACUUUCCUUUCCCUCUCUAACAACCAACUCACCAACUCCAUCCUCGCUGACAUUGGCUUGCUGACCAAUCUGGUAUCCUUGGCCCUUCAGAAUAACCAGCUCACGGGUUCAAUCCCUGCAGAAAUUGGUUCACUACGUCGUCUAAAAUACCUCUUUCUCGAUUCCAACAUGCUGUCAGGAUCUCUGCCGUCCUCGAUCACAAAGCUCACUGCUCUUACUUUCCUUUACCUCUAUGGCAACCAGCUCACCAACUCCAUCCCCGCUGACAUUGGCUUGCUCACCAAUCUGGUAUCCUUGGCUCUUCAGAAUAACCAGCUCACGGGUUCAAUCCCUGCAGAAAUUGGUUCACUACGUCGUCUAACAUACCUGUCCCUUAAGAGUAAUCAGUUGACGGGUUCCAUCCCUGUGGAGAUUGGAUCAGUACCAUCUCUCUCAUCGCUCUCUCUCGAUGCCAACAUGUUGUCAGGAUCUCUGCCCUCCUCGAUCACAAAGCUCACUUCUCUUACUUUCCUGUCCCUUAGGAGUAAUCAGCUGACGGGUUCCAUCCCUGUGGAAAUUGGAUCAGUACCAUCUCUCUCAUCGCU